GAUACCAUGGAGAUCGUGUACGUGUACGUCAAGAAGCGAAGCGAGUUCGGGAAGCAAUGCCACUUCUCCGACAGCAAAGCAGAACUGAAUAUUGACAUCCCGCCCAACCCCCAGCUGGCCGAGCAGUUCAUGGAGCGGAACCCCGUGGACAAGGGCAUCCAGUGCUCCGUCAGCAUGUCGGAACACGAGGCCAACACAGAGCGGUUCGAGAUGGAGACCCGGGGGGUCAACCACAUCGAGGGGGGCUGGCCCAAGGAUGUAAACCCCUUGGAGCUGGAGCAGACAAUCCGCUUCCGGAAGAAGGUGGAGAAGGACGAGAACUACGUGAACACCAUCAUGCAGCUGGGCUCGAUCAUGGAGCACUGCAUCAAGCAGAAUAAUGCCAUCGACAUAUACCAGGAAUAUUUUGAUGACGAGGAAGUGGUAGAAGUCACAGAAGAGGCGCCCUCAGCCAAAACCAUCAACGUUUUCAGGGAUCCCCAGGAAAUCAAGCGAUCAGCCACACACCUCUCCUGGCACCCCGAUGGCAACAGAAAGUUGGCAGUGGCAUAUUCUUGCUUGAAUUUUCAACGGGCACCUGAAGGCAUGAGCCAUGAGUCAUACAUCUGGGAUCUGGAAAACCCUAACAAGCCUGAGAUUGUCCUGAAGCCGUCUUCUCCUCUUGUCACCUUGGAGUACAACCCCAAAGAUUCCCACGUGCUCCUGGGAGGCUGCUACAACGGGCAGAUUGCCUGUUGGGACACCCGGAAGGGCAGCUUGGUGGCAGAGCUGUCCACUGUUGAGUUCAGCCACCGAGACCCCGUGUACGGCUCCAUCUGGCUGCAGUCAAAGACGGGCACUGAGUGCUUCUCGGCGUCCACGGAUGGGCAGGUCAUGUGGUGGGAUAUUCGAAAGUUGAGUGAGCCCACUGAGGUGGUGAUCAUGGAUAUUACCAGGAAGGAGCAAUUGGAAAAUGCCUUGGGGGCCAUCUCCCUGGAAUUCGAGUCUACUUUGCCAACCAAGUUCAUGGUGGGCACUGAGCAAGGCGUUGUCAUCUCCUGCAACCGCAAGGCCAAGACGUCGGCCGAGAAGAUCGUGUGCACCUUCUCUGGCCACCACGGCCCCAUCUACGCCCUCCAGAGAAACCCGUUCUACCCGAAGAAUUUCCUGACCGUUGGCGACUGGACUGCCCGCAUCUGGUCAGAGGACAGCCGGGAGUCGUCCAUCAUGUGGACCAAGUACCACAUGGCCUACCUCACUGACGGCGCCUGGAGCCCAGUGAGACCGGCAGUUUUCUUCACCACCAAGAUGGACGGGACCCUGGAUAUCUGGGACUUUGUGUUCAAGCAGUGUGACCCCGCCCUCAGCCUGAAGGUGUGUGAUGAGGCACUCUUCUGCCUCCGGGUGCAAGACAAUGGGUGUUUCAUCGCCUGUGGCUCCCAGCUGGGGACAACCACACUGCUGGAGGUAUCGAAUGGGCUGUAUACCCUCCAGAGAAAUGAGAAGAACACGGCCUCUUCCAUAUUUGAGCGUGAGACCCGUCGGGAGAAGAUUCUGGAGGUAAGGCACCGAGAGAUGCGGCUGAAGGAGAAAAGCAAAGCGGAGGGCAAGGAUGACGAGCUGAGGGAGGAGGUGCCCUCCAUAAACCUGGAGGAGCUGGUCUCCAAGGCCGAGGAGGAGUUCUUCAACAUCAUCUUCACGGAGCUGAAGAAGAAGGAGACGGCAGCCAUGAAGCCCAAACCUAAACAACGUAAGAUGGAGGGAGAUGAGGAGGUGGAGGAACAGGACGAGGAAGAAAAAGAAGGGGCCUCUGAAGAGACUCCAGCCUAGAAGGUCAGCCUUGCCUACGGCCCCCUCAACCAUGUGCCUCCAUCUCCCACCUCUUGGCACUGCCCUGGUUUUACAAGUGGGAGGCUGACCUCCUCCCUUACAGUGUUACUGGGGUGAGGGCAGGGGGAGCAAAGGGGCCCCGACCCAGCCCCCACGACCCACAGAUUGCUGGCCCACACUAACUCACUGACCCCUGUCCUCAGCAACCCCUGGGAGGGGAGAAGGGGCAGGGUGCAUCCCUGAGAUGGGUGCCCCUGUCUCAGCCACGCCGGCCAGCUCCACCUCAGGUCCCACACAGCUGUCAGCCUGGCCCUGCACGUUCCUUUGAUUCAGCUUCUCAAGGGCUUUCCCUCCAUCAUUUUCCUUCACAAGCUUGCAAAGCCUCACUGGGCUUGUCGCAGCCGAGACAGGGCCUUGGACAGAGCUGGGGGCGAGGUCUCUCCUUCUCCCUUCUUCACCCUCCCUGUCCACAGACAACCCAAGGAACAGAAAGCCUGUCCACUCUAAGACGUCUUUCCAAGCAACUCUCCCAGCCAUGUUUACCUCCAAGAACGUGAGAGUAGAUCAAUGAAUCGAGCUUGGUUAUUCUUAUGCUCUGCAAGCUUUCUAUUAUCUUAAUUCUUGUAAAAUUAAAUUAAUAAUA